AUGAAUGAAAGACAUUAUUUAAACUAUUUGAGUGAUUUUAAGAUCAUCAAUAUUUUUUUUAUUUGUUUAAUAUAUCAAGAUAUUAUAUUUAUUUAGAAUUGCUAUUUAUUUUUACAUAAAAAAUAUAGAAUACUUUUAGAUCCAAAAGUUCAAUAAUAAGCUUAAAAUUUAAUUAUUUUUUAUUUUUAUUUAAAUUAAAUACCUAAUGUGACUAAAGUAUAUCAUUCAGAACUUAAUAUUUCCCUCACAAAAAAAUAAUAAAGUAUUUAUUAAUUUAAAAAUAUCAAAUUAAUAAAAUUAUUGAAUAAAAUCUCACUUGAUAAGAUGCAGGUAUAAGACUUCAGUGAAAAUAACUUAUAAAGAGUAUUUAAGAAAUUAAUAUAAGAAGGGAAGUUUUAAGAAGCUUUAAUUCUUUGCGAGUCUUAUAUUUCUAAUAAAAAAUGUAUUUACUAUAGUUACUUAUUAAUAGUUCAGUUAUACUUUGAAAACUUGUCUGAGCCUUUAAAAGCUAAAGAAACUUUACUUAAAAUGAUAGAACAUGAUUAAAAUUAAGAAGAGGCUUAUGGAUUACUAGGUUACUACUACAGAAACUUUGAAAAAGAUUACCAAAAAGCAGAAGAAUACUACUUGAAAAGCGUGGAAGUAAAUCCAACAUACGUAAAGGGAUUAAAUAAUCUUGGGUUUUUUUAUAAUAAUGUAAAAUAAGAUUAUGAAAAAGCUUCAAUAUAUUAUGAUAGAGUAUUGAAAAUUGAUAAGGAGGGUCAAGGUGAAGUUAUGAGCUUAGCCAUUAAAAAUAUCCUUAUGUUUUAUAAUAAUAAAGUAAAAGACUCUAAGAAAUGCGAAGCUAUUUGUGACUAACUCUUUGAGAAGCAUAAGAAAGAAAUGGAUGAGGAACUAAUUGAAUUUGUUAAAGCUACUUAUAAAAAUAAAAAUAAGUUGAGUAAAUUAGAAAAAGUAAUUGAAUACUAAAUUGAACUUAAUCCUGAUGAUAAAAGUUUAAAAGAUGAAUUAGAGGAGACUUAAACAAUCAACUAAAAAUUACAUUUAAUCGAAAAGAAAAUGAUUGAAAUGCUAGAAAAAGAUAACAAAAAUGAGCAAAUAUUGAAAACUUUAAUAGACUUUUACAGAGAUUAGAUGGUUGAUGAUGAAAAGGCCUAAAAAAUAUAUGAGUUAGCUCUUUAAAAGUAUCCUGAAAGUGCAUACUACUUGAAUGAUUAUGCUACUUUUACAAUUAUAAAUUUCAAAGAUUAUGAUAAGGCUGAAAGUUUAUUAAAAAGAGUUUAACCUAGUGAUCCCCAGUUUAAAGCCUCUAGAUAGAAUUUAAUUACUUUAUAUUCAGCGAUUACUAAAAAUUAUGACAAACUUGAAUAAUAUUUACUGAGACUAAUUGAAAUUGAUGAUGUAGACAAUCAAUAAAAUUAUGAAGACCUUAUAGGUUACUAUAGAAAUAUUAGAAAUGAAAAAAAGGCCAAAGAAGUUUAUAUUUCUUACAAAAAAAAAUUUUUGCCUGAAGCAUUUGAAUAGUAAUUAAAAUGUAAUUAAGAGCUAAUGGAUAUAUUAGAAACAAGGAAUACAUCAGAUCAUUUGGAGAACUUAGUUAAGUGCCUUACUAUAACAGGUUAAUUUACAGAAAUUGAAAAAUCUUAUGAAAAGUAUUUGAAAAAAAACCAGAACGAUGUUUAACAAUGGAUCAAAUAUGCCCAAUUUUUAACUAACGAAAUAGAAAGCCUAGAUAAAGCAGAAAAUGCUUAUAAAGAAGCACUGUAAUUUAAUAGCAAUGACUAGCAUUUAGCCCAAUAAAUAUAUGAAUUUUAUUUUUGUGAUAUGUAAAAUGAAGAAAAAAUUGAAAAAUUUCUUAUUGACUACAUUGAAAAAAAUAAAAACGAUCAAAAUUAGAUCUAAAAUGCUUUUGCUUUCUUUUUAAAGUAAGGGAAAAAAGAUUUAUCUUAAAAGUAUCAUGAGCUAUUUUAUAAAAACAGAAAAGAUAAUAAAGAUAUUAAAAUGGUAUAUCCUGCAAGGUACUUUUUCAACCAUAAAAAAAAAUGA